AUGUUGAUGAAUGCCUUCAAGACAGUGAUACUUGCCUUGGAGGAAACUGCAUGAAUACUGACGGGUCUUACAAGUGCACUUGUCCAGAUGGUUUCCAGCAGAUAGCAAAUAGGGGAUGUCAAGAUAUCAAUGAAUGUGAGAGAUCUGACCUCUGUUCACCUCACGGGGAGUGUCUAAACACGGAUGGUUCCUACCAGUGCAUAUGUGAGCGGGGCUUUUCUCUGGCUGCAGAUGGCCGAACAUGUGAAGAUGUUGAUGAAUGUGCGAACGACACAAUAUGUGGCAGCCACGGGUUCUGUGAAAAUAUGGAUGGCUCCUACCGCUGCCUCUGUUACCAAGGGUAUCAGGACCCACAGGAUGGGCAAGGGUGUACGGAUGUGAAUGAAUGUGAAAUGCUGAGUGGAGUAUGUGGCGAAGCUCUCUGUGAAAAUGUUGACGGUUCUUUUCUGUGCCUGUGCUCUGAUGAAAACCAGGAGUAUGAUCCGAUGACCGGACAGUGUCGCUUCCGUACCUCACCAGAAUUACCCAUAGAGGCUGAUCAACAUGAAGAUGGAAAGAAGGAGUGCUACUACAAUCUGAACGAUGCUAAUUUCUGUGACAAUGUGCUUACGUCCAAUGUAACCAAACAAGAAUGCUGCUGUACCUUGGGUGCUGGCUGGGGUGAUAACUGUGAAAUCUUCCCGUGCCCUGUCUUUGGAACUGCUGAAUUUACUGAUUUGUGUCCUGAAGGAAAAGGUUUCAUUCCCUCUGGAGAAUCAGCUUACGGGCUUCUUGCUCAGAAUUACAAAGAUGCUGAUGAAUGCCAACUUUUUGGACAAGAAAUCUGUAAAAAUGGCUUCUGUUUGAAUACGCAGCCAGGUUACGAGUGCUACUGCAAACAAGGCACAUACUAUGACCCUGUUAAGCUCCAGUGCUUUGACACGGAUGAAUGUCAGGACCCAAACAGCUGUAUUGAUGGCCAGUGCAUUAACACAGAAGGAUCUUACAACUGUUUCUGUACACACCCAAUGGUUCUGGACGCAACAGAAAAGCGAUGCAUCAGACCAGCAGAUUCAAGUGAACAAACUGAAGAAACUGAGGUCUACCAGGAUCUUUGCUGGCAGCAUCUAAGUGAUGAUUUUGUUUGUAGUCGACCUCUGGUUGGAAAGCAGACUACGUAUACUGAGUGCUGUUGCCUAUAUGGUGAAGCCUGGGGCAUGCAGUGCGCACUGUGUCCUAUGAAGGAGUCAGAGGAUUAUGCCCAGCUGUGCAACAUUCCGGUUCCAGGAUCUCGAAGGCCAUAUGGACAAGAUGCUUUGGUUAACUUCGAGGAGCACUACACUCCAGAAACUAAUCCAUACUUUGUUGAAGACCGUUUUCUGAACAGCUUUGAGGAGUUACAAGCAGAGGAAUGUGGUAUUCUGAACGGAUGUGAAAAUGGCCGAUGUGUAAGAGUCCAGGAAGGCUACACCUGUGACUGCUUUGAUGGUUAUCACCUGGACAUGGCCAAAAUGACUUGUGUUGAUGUGAAUGAGUGCAAUGAGCUGAACAACAGGAUGUCUCUCUGCAAGAAUGCCAAAUGCAUUAACACGGAAGGUUCGUACAAGUGUUUGUGUCUCCCAGGGUACGUACCUUCAGACAAGCCAAACUACUGCACACCACUGAACUCAGAACUAGACAGUGAACUGGAGUAGAGGAAAAUCUCCAUAUCCUAAGCCCAUAUACUCUGCACUGUAUAAAGAAAAGGAAGAAAAGUAUUUAACUUGAGAAGAGAAGGCACCGGAGUAGCAAACUUGAGGGGGGAGAAAAGCAUUAAAAUGUGUCAAAGGUGAGACAUGAUGGGCUGAUUGUAUAUCAGCUUCACUGAAGUGACAGACCAAAUGGACACAUUACUCUGUAUGAAAGAAACAAUCAAGUAUAUAGUGUGUUCAUAAGAAAAAAAAAAAAAAGUCUUUGAAAAUAAGCAAAAACAGUGCUGUUAUUUUAAACAGAAGAGCUUUGGUUUUUUGGUUUGUUUGUUUUUUUUUUUUUUUUACUAUUGCUUGAUUAAUUUGGCAUUUAAAUAGUGAUGGAAAUAUUUCAUAUUACUAUGUCAUUUUUUGAUUGUUCAGUUCCUUGCCUACUGUUUCUUUUCAGACCUUUUUUCUGAUCAGUACAAAUUCUAUGAUACAGAUACUCUUAGGCCAUUUUAUAAGAACUGUUACACAGGGUAAUGCUCCUCCUUCUCUGGAACAUAGGUCAGUGACUUUUUUUUUUUUAAUUUGCUAGUUGUCUGCCCUGUGGAGCAGGCACCAUUUGUUUUCAAAUGUUUAUAUACCUUGGCGAAAAGUGCUUAUAUUCAUUUUGUAUUCUGUAUGGUUGUUACUGCACUUAAAGUCUUUAGAACCUUUCUUGCCAAGUUCAAAGCUGCUAGUGGACAACAUUGGAUUCCUUUUGUACAUUAAAACAAAAGAUUUUAGCUCACGUCUGUAUUGUAAUGUGUAAAUUGAACACAAGAGAGAUCUUGUAUGAUUACCCUAACAUAUUAAAGCUGUAUAUUAAAACUCAAUAAAAUCACCUUUUUUUUUAGAAAAA